AGAGAGAGAGAGAGGUGAGGAGGGAUGGGGAUGAGGCCGGGCUGGGUGGGGGGGCUGGUGGAGGAGAGCUUCUUCGUGGAGUGCGCGGCUCACGAGGACCGCAAGAAGAACGAGAAGAACAUCUUCUGCCUGAGCUGCUGCGCCAGCAUCUGCCCGCACUGCGCGCCCGCGCACCGCCGCCACCCGCUCAUCCAAGUGCGGAGGUACGUGUACAAUGACGUGGUGCGCCUGGACGACCUCGAGAGGCUCAUCGACUGCUCCUUUGUUCAGCCCUACACGAUCAACAGUGCAAAGGUGAUCUUUCUGAAGCCGCGGCCUCAGUCUAGGCCCUUCAAGGGCUCUGGCAACGUCUGCUUGACAUGUGACAGGAUCCUCCAGGAGCCUUUCCACUUCUGCUGCCUCUCUUGCAAGGUGGAUCAUGUGAUGACGCAGGGAGGAGACCUGUCCAACAUCCUGUACGUGCCCGGCGGGCCGCCGGACCUGGGCUGCGGCUUCCCGCGCUUCGAGAACCUCCGAGUCGACGGGUUCGACGACGACGCCGGCCAGUACGACCAGGUGAUCACCCCCAACUCCAUCCUCGAGGACCCGCUGCAGCGCAGCAACGGGGGCAGCGCCAGCGGCGGCUCCAGCAACGGCAGCGGCAGGAACGCGUGGCGUGUUAACGGCGACGACGUCCCGAGGAAGAAGAAAAGCGGCGGCGGCGGCGGGUUCUUCCCUCAGAUCGUCCUGUCGCUCGGCAACAGGAGGAAGGGCGCUCCCCACAGGGCGCCGCUCGCCUAACCGAGCUGCAGCCUGCAGCUAGCCAUUCCAUCGCGCGCUAGUACAGAUCGAACUCCCCCCUAUAUAUAUGUGCUAUUAAGUAUGUUGUUGAUUACCACUAGCUAGCAGUGUUAGUAGAGGUA